UCUACUACUUCCUGUGUGAGGUGUGCAGCUGUUUGUCUUCACUAAUCACUAAUCAGAAGGGUUCCAGAGCUCAGGCCUUCUCUGGAAAAAGUCCUCUUAGGUAUGUGAUGCCAGACACAGCAAUGGCCAGAAGUUUCUUGAUAACAGCGAUGGACUGCAGCUCCGACACAACCUGAUUGGGCAACAGCUGAGUGUCCUGGAGAACAACACAAACACUCACACAGGAUGUCGUCAGAAAAUCUGGACUCAGACACGCAGUUGGACUACGAAGACGAAAAACAGGACUCCCAGGAGAAGAACGCCAACACAGUGAAAGCUGAAGAGGCCAAACUGAAGGCCAAGUACCCCGGCCUUGGCCAGAGGCCUGGCGGCUCAGACUUCCUCAUGAAGCGACUACAGAAAGGGCCAAAGUAUUUUGACUCUGGCGACUACAACAUGGCGAAGGCCAAGAUGAAGAACAAGCAGCUUCCUGUGGCGGGCCCCGACAAGAACCUGGUGACCGGCGACCACAUUCCCACGCCGCAAGACCUGCCCCCGAGGAAGUCGUCCUUGGUGACCAGCAAGCUAGCUGGCUAGCCCUUGCCAUCCCAGACGCACAGCCUCGCCCUCGGGGGGGCGACCGCGGCGAACACCCCACCCCUCUCUUUCCCUGUCCCCCAGUCACCACCGCCCUGGCCCUCUUUUCCAGCCCUCAUCCCCAAGCACCACUGGCUUUCACACACGGGGGCGGACUUGUCUAAGUUCAUGUGCUUGUGUGUGGCGUGGAAGGAGCGCUCUUCUUUUGUCCUCCUACUGAGCUGUGCCCUCUGCUCCACUGCCUCCCUCUUGUCUUGGUUUUCAAGAUGCAUCACAGUAGGUGUUGUCGUAAGGCGUCUUUGCUGGGGACUCCAUGCACUUUGUAUCCAAUAUCUGGGUUUUUUGUUGUUUUUGUUUUGCCUCCUGAGUGGAAGAAGGGAUCCAUCUUUCAGCUUUAUGUCUCCUGUCCGUGCUGCUGGCGGCGCACGGCGCGGAGGGUUAACGUGUGUCGAGACCGGCCCGUAAACCCAAAUUUGUGAGGUGCGGCCGACUAACUGGAGAUUUCCUUGGCGACGGAAGCUUGCUGUCACUUCACGUUGUGUUGAUUCCCGACUCCAAUGCUGCAUGAUUGCAACCGGAGACUCCUGGUCGCUGUCUGGACAAUCCACAGCCAGCUGAGUGUUUCCGCACUAGCUCCAUUCAGUGUUCUCUACGGGUUGGCCGCAUGUUCGCUAACACAAGCAUCCGUCGGAGUUCCACGUCACAACAUUGUUGUUAUUAUUAACUCUGCCAAACCACAGAUACCAGGGUGUUCCUCGCUAAGAGCAGACCGCCUGAUCACGUUUUAGGACAGUAUUAGUCGUCUUGGUAGAUUUCUGACCCACAAUGCAUGUGUGCUGGGAUGGAUACUUCAGUUUGACCCUGGCUUGCCUACGUUUGAGUCUCCGCAAGGACGAGUUAUGGCUCUUCUUGCUACCCGCGUAAAUGUUUUCAUCGGGCGUCAAAUGGGGAGUUUGAUCUCAGGCGUGUCUGCAACCUGAUAAGAGAAGCUUGACUCAAAGUGGGAUGCCGCAUGCCUGCAGGGUGUUCUCAAUCCUCUCAGAAACCCGGUGGGACAAGCACAUGGUGCGCGCGGUUUGACUGCAAAGUGGCGCGUGCACACAUAUCGUCAAUUUUGGUGAUUUCUCAGUUGUGUACCAGUAGAGUGAAUGUGUGCGUGUAUGCUUUGUAAAUACAAAUGGACAGGAUGGGAUUUUUGUGUGUUCUGCUGCAUUCACACUGCUUCUGCUGUACCUCAGGAGUGCGUAUCAUAUGGAAACGUGUCUAAAUGCUGAUUAUUCGGUCCCGAUCCUUUUUCCUUUUCAAGUUUCCGCAUCUUCUUGUUCUUUUGACGCAGGCCAAAAACCAACACGAUGCAGGUGCGUAAAUGACAGCAGUACAUUGUGCAGUAGUUAGCCCACGCGUCACUUUGAAUGACAACAAAAUAUGUUAUCAUUGCGGGUUGAUUAAGCCAGCGUUAAGCGUUUGAGCGAGAGGAAACGCACAGGGUGUCUCUCGAACAACUAAGACAAGCACGUGCCAGAAUGUAAGCAACAAACAAGUACUUCUUUAUUUCCUGUCUUGUUCUUUUUCUAGUGUUCUCCUCUCGUAUGGCUUCAUUCUGGCUUGAGAUCUCCGCCGGGAGACCCAGAGAUUAUUCUAGGACGUACUUAAACCGAGGUUUCCGCGACAUAAUGGAUGGCAGGAGAACACAGAAAUGAGAAGACUUGACAAAAAGAGUACUUGGAAUGUUUCACUUAUUUGGGGAGUUAAUUGAAAGGGUUUUUUUGCCAAUGUUUGAAAUAAACUUUUACAUAAAGAAAGCGGCUUCUUUUGUUUCCCCUCAUCAAAUUAUCGUCAUAUCUGCGAAAAGAACGCCGGAAGUGUCUGGAGUUGAGCCAUAUUUUGAGCACAGAAAAGUAGGGCUAUAUUGUAUUAUCCUAUCCAUCUAUCCAGCCAUCUUCUUCCGCUUAUCCGAAGUUGGGUCGCGGGGGCAGCAGCCUAAGCAGAAAAACCCAAACUUCCCUCUCCCCAGCUACCACGUCCAGCUCUUCCCAGGGGAUCCCGAGGCGUUCCCAGGCCAGCUAGGUCUUCCCCAUGGUCUCCUACCGGUCGGACUCACCCUAAACACCUCCUCAGGGAAGCGUUCGGGGGGCAUUCUGACCAGAUACCACCUCUUUACUCUGAGCUCCUCCCGAAUGACAGAGCUUCUCACCCUAUCUCUAAGGGAGAGAGCCCCGCCACCCGACCGAGGAAACUCAUUUUCGGCCCGUGAUCUUGUCCUUCCGGUCAUAACCCAAAGCUCACGACCAUAGGUGAGAAUAGGGACGUAGAUUGGCUGGUAAAUUAAGAGCUUUGCCUUCCGGCUCGGCUCCUUUUUCACCACGACGGACCGAUGAAGGGUCCACAUCACUGCAGACUCCGUGAGCCACUCUUCUCUCACUCGUGAACAAGACCUGCUGGAUUAAUCAACAUCAAAUCAACAUUGAGGCUUUGGGCCUUGUUCACACUGCAGGUCAAUUCCGAUUUUUUUUUGCCCAUAAGCGACCUGUAUCUGAUUUUUUCAUGUCCGUGUGAACAGUACAAUUCCGAAGUUUUUAUAUCCGACCCAGGCCUCUUUUGUGCGUGGAAAUAAAUCGGAUAUUUAUGCCUUGCGUCCUCAAUGUGAACGCCCCUGUGAUCAUGUCACAUUCAUCUGACCAGAACGUCAUCAAAAAGCAGUAGUCAUAAUUAUUUGCCAAAAUAGAUGGUUACAAAAUAAAUUGUUGACAACAGGAGCAGAAAAUAAAAAAUUUUAGGAACUCACGUGAAACUUCCAACCCUCCUCCUGUCUCUGACUGCUCGCCCGCAGACAUCGAAUCAAAAAUAUCCCGUAAAACUGCCAGAGCCAAAAUACUUGUCCUCUUCCUUCUUAAUUUUCUUCGUGCAAUAAUUCGGUUCAGAAAAUGCUGACUUUGAUUGCACAAAAUCCUUUAAAAUUACAUUUUGUUACUUGAAUAUUAACUAAGUAUUAGUAAUUUUGUCAUUAUAAGCGCUAAGGCAGACAAACUAUUUAUAGCGCCGCCCUGAUCACAAGCUUGUGUGCCUAAGCUGUUUCCUUGCUCGUCAAACUUUAUUGUUGAUCAUAAAUCAUCGCGCUCACCUGGAUAGUAGAAGGAUGAGGACGUAUCCGGACAAAUUGAUACCCUUUGACAGCCAAUUUAGACCCCGAUUCUUGGUUCCACCCCGCUUUCCUUUGCGAGGAUUAUGAGUGACUCAACUAAAUGGGAAUAUAUGAACAUCCUAACAGUCUGCAUCCUAAAGACAGCAGACCAUGUACAGUAAGUGAUGUUUUAUUAUGUUUGUUGGCUCUAAUGAAGUCUGCAGUGAGUAAUAAUCAGUGAUAGAGUUAUGGGGAAAAAAAAGCGAACGUUAUGUGUUUUUGAAAUUAAAGCAAUAUUGAAUAUAUUAUAAAUGUGCCUGUUAUUACAAUAUAUACAGCAUGUAUACAAAACCUUUAAUGGGGGUGUUUGGAUGUUUUUUAAGGGCUUGAUAGGUGGAAUAGAGCGGCUCCAUUGUAAGCAGACUUUUGAUCGCAUUCAUAUAAUAUUUUAAUGCAUUUUAAAAUAAAACAU